AUGGCAGACGAACAAAAAUGGCGGUAUAGCUUUGCUCAAAUAUCCUCCUUUUUUAUUCUUAUCCUUUUCUUUUUUCGCUUAUCUUAUAAUCUUUUCCCUUCGACUUUUGGUCUUUGUUUUCUCUUUCUUACCAUUGUUUUAUAUCCUCUUUUCCAUCGGGCUCCUUCAUAUUUCCUUGUUCGGGUUAUUUUUCUUCACAUAAUCAUUUUCUUGCAUUUAUUUAUUUUUAAAGUUCAUAUUCAUUCAAUUAUUUGGUAUUUUCCUUUUUUGUGUUCAAUAUUUCUUCGUUUUUUUUUUGUUCUUAUUUUACUUUUUAGUCUCCCGCUUUCUUCUUUUCAUUUUUUUGUUUCCUCUUCUUUCCAUUGGAAAUAUUUCUUUCUUCUUCUUCUUCUUCUUCUUUUCUUCUUUUCUUCUUCUUCUUCUUCUUCUUCUAUUCUUUUUGAAUUCAUUUCUUUCUCUUCUUCUUCUUCUUCAUUUAACUUUUUCCUUUGA